UUCUAGGGGCGUCUUCUCGUGUCCCUGCAAAGUCUGGAGGCUCUCUCCCUGCAGCCGAGGGCCGGAGCGGGGCCAGGAAAGGGGGCACUGAGCCGUGCAGAGGCAAAGGGUCUGCGGAACGAGGUCCCUGCAUCCCGCGCCGAAGCAGGAGGUCGCAACCCCCAGCGAGGGGCUGGGCCGGAGAAGCCCUCGCGGGCGUCUUGGGGGACUGUCGGGCGCUGACGGCGAAGCUAUCGGGGAGGUUCGGGGCAUUCCACCCUGGCCAUGGGCGGCGUGGGGACCAGCAGGUCCCCUCGGGGCUCCGAGCGUUUGACUUGGGCAUUUUCCGGGUUUCCCAUCGCCACGUAGCCUAGAAGCCAGCAGGACUGAAAAAAGGCUGCAGUCCAAUGUUCUUUUCCCUCUGAGGAGAGGGGCUGAGCCCGUCCGCCGGAGGGGACUCGAGAGGGCUGCCCCGGGGAUGGCCAGAAGCAGAGGUUGAAGAGGGCGGCGGGAGCGGAGAGCGCCCUCCUUGACCAUCAAAUGCCUCUUGUGUUUCUCUCUCUGCUGAGUGGGCUUGGACGCGCUGACCACGCGGGAGGAGGGACGGACGACGCUCGGCGGGCUUUGACCGUGCCGCCUUCAUGUGGCUGCUGACGGGGACCCCGGAGGGAACGGGCAUGGGGCGAAGCCUCGCCCUCUCCGCUCCCCGCCUCCCGGGCGCCGGGGCUGGCGAUGUGGAGACGUGAGGGGACCCGCGGCUGCUCCGGGUUCUCCAGGUCUCCACCAGGCACCCGCGUGUUCCUCCGCGCCCGAGGCAGGAGAGAGUGGCGCGGAGGUCCGAGGCGGGCGCACGGGCGGGCUAAGACGGAGCUGGAGUUCCAAACUCGUCAUGGGGCAUAACGGCAGCUGGAUCUCCCGAAACGCCAGCGAGCCGCGCAACGCGUCGGGCGCCGGGGCGGAGGGCGCCAACCGCAGCGCGGUCGGGGAGUUCGGCGAGGCGCAGCUGUACCGUCAGUUCACCACCACCGUGCAGGUCGUCAUCUUCAUAGGCUCGCUGCUCGUGGAAGGAAAUCUUCUAAAUGGAUUCAUAGAAGUGGAAUUGCUGGGUCAAAAGUUCUGGAGGCUGGGAAGUCCAAGAUCAAAGCACUGGCAGAUUUGGCGUCUGGUGAGAGCCCACUUCCUUGUUCACAGACAGGCAUCUUCUCGCUGCAUCCUCACACUGUGGAAGGGCCCAGGAAACUUCAUGGUGUUAUGGUCGACUUGCCGCACAACCGUGUUCAAAUCUGUCACCAACAGGUUCAUUAAAAACCUGGCCUGCUCGGGGAUUUGUGCCAGCCUGGUCUGCGUGCCCUUCGACAUCAUCCUCAGCACCAGUCCUCACUGUUGCUGGUGGAUCUACACCAUGCUCUUCUGCAAGGUCGUUAAGUUUUUGCACAAAGUCUUCUGCUCUGUGACUAUCCUCAGCUUCCCUGCCAUUGCCUUGGACAGGUACUACUCAGUCCUCUAUCCUCUGGAGAGAAAAAUAUCUGAUGCAAAGUCCCGAGAGCUAGUGAUAUACAUCUGGGCCCAUGCCGUGGUGGCCAGCGUCCCUGUGUUUGCGGUGACCAACGUGGCUGACAUCUAUGCCAUGUCCACCUGCACGGAAGUCUGGAGCAACUCGUUGGGCCACCUGGUGUAUGUUCUGGUCUACAACAUCACCACGGUCAUCGUGCCUGUGGCUGUGGUAUUCCUCUUCUUGAUACUGAUCCGCCGGGCCCUGAGUGCCAGCCAGAAGAAGAAGGUCAUCAUAGCAGCGCUGCGGACCCCGCAGAACACCAUCUCUAUCCCCUAUGCCUCCCAGCGGGAGGCCGAGCUGCACGCCACCCUGCUGUCCAUGGUGAUGGUCUUCAUCUUAUGCAGCGUGCCCUAUGCCACACUGGUCGUCUACCAGACUGUGCUCAAUGUCCCCGACACUUCUGUCUUCUUGCUGCUCACGGCCAUUUGGCUCCCCAAAGUCUCUCUGCUGGCGAACCCCGUGCUCUUUCUUACUGUGAACAAAUCUAUCCGCAAGUGCUUGGUAGGGACCUUGGUACAACUGCACCACCGCUACAGUCGCCGGAACGUGGUGGGCACAGAGAGCGGGCUGGCCGAUGCCAGCCUGGAGCCCAGCAUGCGCUCGGGCAGCCAGCUCCUGGAGAUGUUCCACAUUGGGCAGCAGCAGAUCUUUAAGCCCACGGAUGACGAGGAAGAGAGUGAAGCCAGGUAUGCCGACUCAGCUGACCUCCAGGCCAGGGAGCUACUUCCCACCUGCCUGGGGGCGGAGCAGGGCCCGCGGUUUGCUACCCCUGCACCACCCCCGGGCACAGUGGACUCUAUAUCCCAGGUGGCACCAGCCGUCCAUGUGGAACCUGAGACAUUCCCUGACAGGUGUUCCCUGCAAUUCGGCUUUGGGCCAUUUGAGUUGCCUCCCCAGUGGCUCUCGGAGACCCGAAAUAGCAAGAAGAGGCUGCUUCCCCCUUUGGGCAACACCCCAGAAGAGCUGAUCCAGACAAAGAUGCCCAAGGUAGGCAGGGUGGAGCGGAAGAUGAGCAGAAACAAUAAAGUGAGCAUCUUCCCAAAGGUGGAUUCCUAGCAAGUCUUGUAAUUCCCUGGAAGCAACAGACCUUCCACAUUCCUGCCCUCCCUUCACUGGGCCUAUGAUUUGUCUGAUCUCCUUGCAACCCAGUAUGGGUUGAUUCCUCCUCUAUGGGCCAGAUGCUUUUGAAUGAGAGGGAAAUCUUUAUAAAAUUGAAUGUCCUCUUUAUUGAGGGCGUAUAUAUAUAUUUAUACACACACACACACACACACACACACAUAUAUAUUGAUCUCAGUGAUCCUCAGUAAAGUCCACAUUCCUCUCUGUGGAGACGAAAGCUGGGUAGUGGGAAACGGGUCUUGGGUGGGUUCUCUGUGUGCAUUUUCUGGGGCUAUCUCAGUUCCGGGCCCUGCAGAGAAUACACGGAGAGAAGAAUGUCUAUGAGUUCCAAGGAAGCAGGGGCACGCUAAGAGAAGCCCAAGAUAAUUAUGGAGUCGUGUGGCCACAAGAAAAUGCCUAUUUGAUUGAUUUUAAAAUGACAGAUAUUCAAAAUGGUUUAUAUUGAUCUGUAUCUUUAGGGAAGAUAGAACCUUGGCAUUUGAUACCUUUUUUCUGGACGGCCUGAUCACAUGACUCACAGUUUCUCCCGAUAUGCCCUUCAUCUCCUUCGCUGGGAUGUAGGUGAGGGAUGAAUGAAUAUUGCACCCCCAUUUGACAGACGUGGCAAUAGAUGUGCCCAGGGAUUAGGAAGAUAUUCUGUCCUUGAUUAUCCUGACCAUCUCCUGGCAUCACUAAGGCCUCAGAAAGAGAAGUUCGCAGUGUUAGUUGGAAAACACCGCAAGCUUUUAUCAUGUCUUUCCCCCUUAAGUUGUGUUUGUUUCAACAAAUGAGAGAGAAGCUUAGAAGUGGAGAAGAAAGACUGAGAAAUAUCCACACUCUGUAGAGUUUUCUCUUCCCACAUGGUCUCAUGUGAAAGAUUUUAUGCAGCUAUCAGCAGGGGUAAAGUGUAUUGAAAAAGAUUUGUGCCAACUUCUGGAAUUAAAGGUCAUUUAAAAAGGCAAAGUUAGGGUAAACGGGGUCCUCUGGAAACGUCAAGCUAAAAAUACUUGAUUAGGAAAAGUGAGUCUGCCCAAAAGAGUGGGAAAUGUUGGUUCCCUUCCAAGGAAGACUGCAGACCCCAUGCGUCGCCAGUCUCAUUUUCAGUCUGUUUGUACGACUGUGGUUCUCCCUUCAUUUUGGGCACAAAGGAGGAACAGAACGUGGAGAAGGAAUUCAUCACUGUACAAUACCAAGGCAAUACCUAGCCCAGGUGAGCUCUCCACUUACUCCUUCCCAGUGAAGUGGUAGCAGGAGCCAGACAGGAUAGAAGAGGGAGGACAGUGUUCUCAAUUGAUCAGUCGCCUGGGGGCUCUCACAGCAAUUCGAGUCUACUUUGGGGUGGGCUUCACCAGGUUGAAUUCAAACCACAAAGGAAACUUCUCUCUUAAGGAGAGCAAAUCAAGCGCCAGGUCUGCUCUUCUCUGGAGGGCGUUUUGUUCUUGUUCAUAGUAUGGAAGGGAGCCAAUCCAGUGCCUUGAGCAAGCUUCAAGGGAGGGGGCAUCCUCAGCGGCAAAGAACAUACCCCAACGGCAGGGGUCCUCACGGAUCUUCUCCUUGAACUGCACAGGCCCUUGUCCCUCGUAGGAAGGUCAGACUAUGUGUAGGGAGUUUCCUUUUCCUGUCCUUUCCUGGGUGUGCUGUCUUGUGAUUCCCGAAUGUGAACCCAAAGACCCUUGUCCACAGGAGGGAGUGCCUUCCUCUUUGUGUUCGUCUCUUUGAAGCAUUGUGUGCUCACAGCGGAAACAGGGGCCUGCCACCAACUCUCCCGGGGCCCCUGUGUGCCCUCUGGAGCUCCUUGCCCUGAUGCUUCCCGUUGUGGCCCUUCAAGCUUAUCUUUCAAACCAUCACAGUUGUUACAGCGUUCAUCAAGGGGAAACAUAACCUGUCGGAAACUUGUGUCCGCAUUAGAAGAAUCUGUUAAAUGUAGCCACGUUGGUGUCAUUCUGAUAACGUAUAUGUACAACUUAAUACAUUCUGGUGAGCCGGAAUUUGACAGAUGUUUCUUAUGUAUGUUUGAAGCAGUUGGUUGACUUCUAACAGGUCAUGGCCAGGUGUAUUUCUAUACUCUUUGAGGAAUUAUGUU